GUGCUGCUUGGACCAAACAUUACAACAAGAUGUCAUCAAGUCUGCUCUUCUUGUUGCUCCUUUGUGGACUGGGGAUUGGAGGAAAUAUACUUUGCGAUGCACAACCAGUUACAUGUAAAGGAAAAGAUUGUAACUUCUGCCCUCCUACAUGGUCUCCAUAUGAAGAAUGCUGUUACCUGUUCAACAGUACUGAAGUGAACUGGGAUAAUGCUGAGGAAAGCUGCAUUGACCAAGGUGGACAUUUGGCCUCCUUUCAUAACCAAGAUGAGUAUGAUUUUAUCCAGAGACUCAUUGUGACUGCUACAGGGACCGAUACAAAAGCUUGGGUUGGAGGCACCGAUAUAGAAGAGGAAGGUGUGUGGAAAUGGAGCGAUGGCUCCAGCUUCUCCUACACUCAUUGGGGCAGUGGGGAACCAAACAACUUGGGUGGAAACAAGAACUGCAUGGAUAUCAACGUGGAUGGACAAGAUCACGUCAACGAUGAAGUCUGCAGCCAAGAAAAUGCUUUUGUUUGCGUUCAAGUUGUGUAACUGUGUCUUUGUUGUCCCAACAACACGAUGAUGUCACUUCCAGCAGGAGUUCAAGCCUCAAAGACGUCCCUUCUGGAG